UAACCUCGUUUUGGAACACAGUUGGAACACAUUUUGCAAGUAUUUACAAUUUCUUCCAAGUUUCUCGAUCGUUAUACGUUUAAUAUCUUCUAAAUCUCAUCAUAAGAAGUCUAUUAUGCCUAAAAAUCGAAGUGUUAGACGACCAAAGAGAAGAUUCUCGGGCAAUCAGCACACAAAAUUGCAAGAAACGUCGCCUAAAAUAGCCAAGAAAGACGAUGUCGACGAGACACGUGUUGAUGUCAACACGUCCUCUAGGCGAUCUGUUUCGUCUAAAAAACUAUCUAAAGACGUCCCAAAAUUGUCUACAUCUUUCCACGAACAGUCAGGGGAACCUUUUAUCACUGGAUACAGGCUCAUUGAUAUAGAAAUACUCAGUGAGAUAUUGUAUUCUCGUCGCUGCAGUGAGUGUGCCGAUUCCAGUCUUACGUUGAUGGAAAAUCAACUUCAAAGGAAAGGCUGUGCUUCCAGUCUUAGGCUAUUGUGUUCUUCGUGUGGCUGGAAAACAGAGUUUUUCACUUCGAAAAAGCAAGCGAAGAGUUAUGAAGUAAACAGGCACCUGGUUUAUUCCAUGCGAUCGCUUGGUAAAGGCCACAGUGGAGCAAAAAGGUUUUGUACCUUGAUGAACAUGCCGCCACCUCCAACCGCACGAGCAUAUUCCAAGAACUCAAAAACUAUUAGUAAGCAUAUUAAAGCUAUUGCUAGUGAAACAAUGAAGAGAGCAGCCAUUGAAAUUAAAGAUCAGAAAGCUGCUAGUGCAGAUGAUAUUGUAAAUUGUGGGGUAUCAUGUGAUGGUACAUGGCAAAAAAGAGGGUUUUGCUCAAAAAAUGGAUGCGUCACAGUCAUUUCCAUGGAUAAUGGAAAGGUCUUGGACACUGAAGCCCUGUCCCAGUCAUGCAAGCAAUGUCAGCAGCAUCCAAAUCUUGACAAAGAGAGUAUUGCCUACAAAACAUGGUGGGCAGAGCACAGCUUCAAGUGCAAUGCCAACUACCAUGGCUCUGCCCCUGGCAUGGAGUCGGUUGGAGCUAGUCGCCUGUUCAGCCGCUCCAUUGAUAAACACAAGCUCAGAUACUCUGAACUUAAUGCUGAUGGUGAUUUUAAGAGCCAUACUGAAGUUGAACAUAUGUAUGAAGAUGACGAUGUAGUUGUAGAAAAAAAAGAAUGCGUUGGACACGUUCAAAAGAGGAUGGGAACAGCACUGCGGAAAUUGAAAAAAACAAAUGCGGGAAUUGGAGGAAAGGGAAAGUUGACUGAUGCCAUGAUAGACAAACUGCAAAACUAUUAUGGCAUUGCCAUACGAUCAAAUCUCGAUGACCUGAAAGGAAUGAAGAAAGCUAUUUAUGCCACCUUAUUUCACUGUGCAUCUAAUGACAAGGUAGUUCUUCAUGACUAUUGUCCUGAUGGACCAAAUAGUUGGUGUGGUUAUAAGAGGGGCAGUGCAAAUAAGACCAAGACCUUCAAGCAUGGUUCUGGCUUACCUAAAGCCAAUCUAUCUCAGACUGAGUGAUGAUGAAUUGCUGAAAAAGUGCCUACAUGGCAAAACACAGAAUCAAAACGAAUCUUUUAAGACAGUGGGGGG